AUGAGUUUGUUCUUGGGGCCGGGAGCGGGGAGCGGCAGAGGGGACCGGCGGGGCUGGGGGCCCGGGGAGCCGCUGCGGACCCGGCGGGCUCUGGCGGUGCUGCGGGAGCAGCUGUGCCGAGGGGGUGACGGGGCCCGGCGUUGCUCGGGCCGGCGUCGCUCCUCCAGCACGGGCCGAUGGGGCCGGGCAGAGUGCGAGCGGCCGGUGCGUCCGUUGUCGGGGAGCGCCAUGGAGGACCAGCGGCUGCCCAGCCCUGUCAACCCCAGCCACUUCCCGGCCACGCUCUGGCAGUUGGUGAACAGCCCUUGCUGCGGCUCCGUGUGCUGGGAUGCCCGUGGCGAGGGGCUGCUCAUCGACCAGCGGCUCUUCGAGCGAGAGCUGCUGGGCGCGGAGGUGGCCGGCGAGGGGUCAGCGCUGGGCGCCCAGGUCUUCAGGACCAGGAACUUCGCCAGCUUCAUCCGACAGCUGAACCUGUAAGGGUUCCGCAAGCUGGGGCCGGGCCCCCUGCAGGACCCGGCGGGGGGCGAUGGCGGCAGCUCCGCCGGGCCCUUGCUCCACUUCCACAGCCCCCAUUUCCUUCGCGACCGCCCCGAGCUCCUCGUGUGCCUCAAGCGUCUGACAACCACCAACAAGGCGAAGCUGGCGGCCGGCCUGGAGCUGCCUAGCCGCCCGCUCCAGCGCUCCCAGCGCCCACCCUCGAUGCUCGGCGAGGCUGCCAGGCCCGGACUGUUGACUGUAGGACAGGCUCCUCAACCUUGUCAUCCAGACAGCUUCUUUCCUUCCUCCAACAGAGCGGCCUCAGGCCAGGACCCCCCUGCUUUCCAGGCAACGACUUCCUAGCAGCCUGCAGUCCUUCCCAGACCAUGGCAGGGCUCUUUUGGGUCGCUGCCAGGGCACUGGGCUUCCCCAGCUUUCCCAGGCCAGGGGGCUCCCUUUCCUGUCCUCCACAAGUGUUCCACAGAGGUCACGUACACUCUGCAGACGGUGUUCUCACUUAUGCCGCUUCAGCGAGAGCCUCCAGCUGGUGCUUCCCUUCCAGAACCCAGCAGCUGCGCGUCUCCAGGACAGCGCUUGCAAGCCCUGGAUCCAACACUCACCCUGCAGUGUUCACCCCCUGCCCAGGGAGCACCUCUGACUGUCAGCGCCAGUGCUGCGGCUGCGGCGUCCACCGACUGCGUCUUUGUGCAGAGUCCUGAAGUGCAGCCACCUCCUGCAGCUGAAUGCCUGCCCUCUGAUGGCGCACAGCACACAUCUGAGAAUGAGGAGAAGCUGCCGGAAUUAAGUUAUGAAGAUGUAUUUCAGUUUUUCAGUGAGAUGAAUGCAUCAGGCAGCGCAGAUGCAGUGACACCGGAGGCUGCAGAAAGCUGGGGUGGAGAGCUGUUUGAAAGCUACAUCAAUGCGGCCAAAGAAAGUGCCGCUGCUGCUGACACGGCACAAGAGUUUGUGACCACCCAGGGAGCCCCUGAAGAACAGGGAGAAGAGCUGGAUCACAGCCCAGCUCAACCAUCCGAAAUGUUUGUUGUGGAAGCGCUGUUUAGUGCAGAGCAAGAGAAUGGGAGUCUUACAUGCGGAUGGGUGACGGAAGAGAGAGAGCUGACUCCAGGACCCAAGGCAGUGAAGAAAGCUGCAGAAGAGGCAGGGUCCCCUGCAAAGCAUCUGUGCAGGAAGAGAAGACGCAGCGCAGAGCAGGCACCUGUGUGCUGCAACAGAGGAGAAAAACAGCCUCAGAUUUUCAAGUCGCAGGCCGCCUUUGGCCGGAUUUGA